GGGGGGAUGGAAAUAUCAUUGUUUUAUUUAUUUAUUUAUUUGUGUUGUGUUGUCCAUUCUUCCUUCUCUGGAAGUUCCGCCAACUGUUCAAAAUUCUCAGCCUUCGUGCUUUUGACGCGGAGCGGAAGGUUCCCUUCAAGAAAAUUAAGCAUGCGAAGCUUUUAACGCGCUCGCCUCGAGCACCUCUCUUCCCUAUUUCCCUUUCUGGCUCACCUUUACCCGCUUUUUAUCCUUUUAAGCUUCUCUGCACUUGAAGAGGAUGAAGAUGAGGAGGGGCUUCCAUCGUUUCUCGCCUCUCUCCAGAAUUUAGUGUUAUUCUCUCAUGAAAAUCAGGAUAAUAAAGGAUAAAUGAAAAUAUGAUAUGCUUCUUCUGUUUUUACACUGAGAUUGAAGAGCAGGUGCAGAUCUUAUAGUCAGAAGGGCUAGUUUUCGUCAAGCCACAGAAAAUCCCCAGAAAACAUUCACUAUAAAUCAGGCUUUCUGAUACUAAACAAGAGAAUGGUUUCAAGUGGUUAUGUGAAACACACAGAUGAAAUUCAGGAAGAAUUUGGGCCAGCAAAAACACCUAGUGGUUACGAGGCAAAGGAUCAUAUCUCUGUUCAUGUUAGUACAUCUCAAAGAGGACUUUUAGAUGACAAGAAACACAGGAAUAAAUUUCUGAGGGUGGCAGCAGCUUUUCCAGGUAAAUCCAUGUUUGUGAAAUUUGGAUCUUCCAGUAGGUUGUCUUCCCCUUCGUCCAAGUUCCGGCGGAUGGCAGAGGAAAGAGAUGAUAUCUCUCCUGUAAGUCAAAAUCGUUCUGGACGUUUCAGUGUGCCCUUUGCCAGGAAAAUCAACUGGGUUUCUCUAUGGAGAAUGUGUAAGGAAUGGAUAAGAGAUCCCUUGAACAUGGUGCUGUUUGUUUGGAUUGCCUGUGUUGCCAUCUCAGGUGCUAUCCUGUUCCUUGUCAUGACUGGAAUGUUGAAUGGUGUGUUACCAAGAAAAUCCCAACGAGACACCUGGUUUGAAGUCAACAAUCAAAUCCUCAAUGCACUAUUUACCCUUAUGUGCCUCUAUCAACAUCCCAAACGAUUUCACCAUCUUGUGCUUUUGUGCCGAUGGAGACCAGAAGAUGCUCUAAAGCUCCGAAAAAUAUACUGCAAAAAUGGAACAAACAAGCCUAAUGACUGGAAGCAUAUGAUGAUCGUAGUGAUUCUUCUUCAUAUCAAUUGUUUCGCUCAGUAUGCCUUGUGUGGUCUUAACUUAGGAUACCCAAGAUCCAAAAGACCUGCUAUUGGAGUUGGCCUGUGCAUAUCUGUUGCAAUUGGUGCACCAGCAAUUGCCAGUGUGUACAACAUUCUUAGCCCCCUCGGGAAGGAAUAUGAGACUGAAAUAGAUCAGGAAGCAAAGGGUCAGACUAGCUCUGCCGUUGAUAGCAGACCUGCUCAUCUCCGGCUGAAAUCUUUAGAAAAGAGAUACUCUUUUAUUGUAGGUGAUGAAAGCAGGGUUGCAGAAAGUAGCCCACAAUGGGUGGGGGGACUGUUUGAUUUCUGGGAUGAUAUUUCUCUGGCGUAUCUCUCAGUGUUCUGCAGCUGCUGUAUUUUUGGAUGGAAUAUGGAUAGGCUUGGGUUUGGUAACAUGUAUGUUCAUAUAGCAACUUUCCUUCUGUUUUGUCUGGCUCCCUUUUUUAUCUUCAACUUGGCAGCUGUCAAUAUCGACAAUGAGGUUAUUCGAGAAACAUUGGGAAUCACAGGCUUUUUGCUCUGCAUCUUUGGUUUGUUGUAUGGUGGUUUUUGGAGGAUUCAGAUGAGGAAGAAAUUUAACCUUCCUGGAAAUACCUUCUGUUGUGGUAAACCAGCAAUUGCAGAUUGUUUUCAAUGGCUUUGCUGUUGUUCGUGUUCUCUUGCUCAGGAGGUGAGGACAGCAGACUACUACGAUGUUGUGGAAGAUAAAUUAUACUUGAAGGAAAUGAACAAUAGCACUCCACCAAUGCUGUUCCCUCUGCCUCGUGAAGCUGGGUCUACUUCCUUCAGAUCAAGCCCUAGCUCUUCACAGGGCGAUUCCAACCAAUCCCUCCUCAGGAUGGCCAAUUUAACAAGUCCUAUCAGAUCUUCAGGUGGUUUAGCUCCGGAACGGCAUUUGCCCAUCGUCAAGGACUCCUCAGUACAAGGUAAAGAUGAAACAAUGAAGCCACCUGUCCUAUCUGUGAUACAAAGAUAAGAUAAUAUGUUGUCAUGGUGUAUGGAGCGUGAUAUCCUAGCCAACAUAUCCAUUUUUGAUGCUUCCGUUGUUGUAUAGAAUAUCUUCACAGAAAUUGUUGUUGAUAUAGCGAUCAUUUUUUUCUACACCUGUCCUUGGUGUAGAGAUGAGUGAUAUCCAAUUUGUGCAUGCAAUUAUCAUCCAUAAUUACCUUCCUUUCAUGUGCACAGACCCAAUCUUUUGAGGAUCUCAUCUGUUCCAUUUCCACCAUCAAUGAAGUCUCUGGUGCCUAGCUCAUGAGAAGUAUAUUAUGCUGAAAUGAAUGCCAAAAUUUUUCAGACCCUUAAUCACCUGCAAAUGAGGUUUAAAAUGCUGAAUCAGUCAUGCAAACGAUGCUUAUGAGAUGAUCUUCACUUCAUGAUAGAAGAUCUCUCAUUUCUGCAGGAGCUGCUACAUUAAGGUGUCUUGUUGUGGAUGAAAUGAACCAGCUUUGCUGGUACUCAUGUAAUCUUUCUUAUCUUGUUUGUAUUAUAAUGACUAUAAUCAGUGUCAUUUCUGGAGCCGGGAGUUUUAAGCCAACUGAUUAUCUGGGGUAAUAAUUGUGAGCACUGUGGCUUCAAAUUCUUCCAAGUAUUUCCAGAAAUAUUAUCCAAAUAGUGUUGCA